GCGAAAUUUUUGAUUGUUUAAUACAAAUUGUUUUAAUUGAAACCUUAAAUUGUGUCAAAAGAUCAGAUUUCAGAACAAAGAUAUGUUGAAACCGUACAAACACAUUAAAGAGUGCAAAAGAAGAAUUUAGCAGACGUAUAAAAAAUUCAUAUAUGACACAAAGCACUUGUUGCCGCUUGUGGAAACGAGGAAAAUUGCGCUGAUUAGCUAUCAAUUCUCAUUUAAAUAAUGAAAACUCAUUGACUUUAAGUCAAUAUAAAGCAAACAAAAGUGAGUUUGCAAAUUUGCUGAGUAAUUUUUAGGUGUAAGCGUUUGUGUACGCCCCAUGUUUAAAUUAGUAAAAUAUACUACUGCGCUAAUAGCCGUUAAAUUAAGUUUUCUUUCGCAAUGAGCUACCACUCACUGCUAUAAAUGAUUCCUUCCACUUACUGCAAGUACAGUGCCAUUUUACGUACAUUGCCCUACCAGUUUCAAGUGCAGCAUUAAAAAAGUUUUCAUAAAAAUGCUAAUAAAAAAAACGUAAUAAAUUUGCAGCAAUUUACAAACCACAUUAACCAAUACUGCGGCCACACCGCGCGUCAAUGCCACAGCCAAUGUGGAGCAGUAACGUCAACAAAAGUGCUUGAAAAGUUUAUUUUACUCCACUGCAACAACAUAACUACAAAUAUACAUACAUAGGUACAUACAAACUACACAUCGCUAUACAAAAUUUUCUUUGUUCAUUUGAAAUAUAAAAACUUUUUUUAAAUCGCAAUAAAAAAUCGGUAAAUAAAGGACGAAUGCCACUUACAUGUGGAAGUGCAACUGCAUAAAGAACUAAAAAAUAAUAUUAAAUUAAAACGAAAAACAGGCACAUAUCACCACCUCGCCUUCGAGUACGAACCAGCUGCUCGUGCAACUCCAAGGGCGCUUUACAUAAUUUGCCGACAGAUACAAAUGCGCAGUGUACACCAUGGCCACCUAAUCUGUUUAUCUACAAGAUAAGCUCUGACUAUGAAUCUGCUGCUUAGUACUACAGAACAUAACAAGCCAUACGAAAUAAAUAAAAAAUAAAGAGUAUCAAAAACUAUUGAAAAACUAAAAUAACAAAAUUAAAACUUUCCAAUCUGCACACAGACGAGUUGUUUUUUAACAAGCAAUCCAACUGCGGUCGCAGUUUACCAGCUUCUCCCGACUCUUUCGGCUAUUCGCUUAUCAACGGACACACAGCCGGACAACUCGCUAUCGGAAGGGAGCAGAGGCGUCUGGGGAAUAACAAAAGAUAUGGCAACAAACGCCAAAAAUGCACCCAACGACAUCAACAAGCAAGACGAACGGCAACAGGACAACACCCGCAUGACAUUUGCCGGCUCACCAGCUACAGCGCCAACUAGUACUUCAACAGCAGCAUCAGUGGCAGCAACAAGAACAUUGCCGCAACAGAAGCGUCGACAAGAACAAUGCAAUGCGAAAAUAUUGCAAGAACUACUGGGUAUUGUGGCACAACCGCAAGUGGCGACAACACUAAUGCUGAAGCCGGAUGCAGUGGUGGCGGAUAAGCAAAAACAACAACAAAUCCAGCAGUCGCAUGUGGAAUUGAGCCAAAUUGAGUUGAUCUAUCGCGCGGAGGGUAAUGCAAAUUUGGUGCUUGCAUUGCCGCAAUUUAAAAAAGUUUUGCGUCUGCCAAAAACGUCGACAACUAGCCACAGCAAUAACAGAGCAACAGAAUAUAACGAAAUGAAAAUUGGUAAUACACAACAGCAAACGGAUGAAACGAAAGUGUCAGAGGGACGGCAAGCGGACGACAAAGAGUGGCAGCUACAUCAAGAGCAUCGUCAACAACGAGUACAGCAACAGCAGCAGAAGCAGCAGUGGCAGCAGAAGAGUCAAGAAAUGCAAUCGCAGCAUCAACCACAACAGCAAAAACAACAGGAGGUAGUUCAAAGUGCUUCCGAACCGGCUGUAAAUCAAAAUGCAAAAGACUUGACAAUGGAGGAUUUUGUGGCUUACAUCGAGGUAAUACGAAAUAUACUUGGCACUGAAUAUGUAUUCGAAACCGAGAUUGUACGGAUAGCAAAGGCAGAGGACAUACGAUGGAUAAAUGAACGUAUACGAGCAGAUCGACCAGCUCAUCGUCGGGAUAAAGAAUUUUGUGGGGAAUUCGGUUUGUUACUGCCAGAUGCUACACGCUUACCAAUAGCAUUCGAUAUUUUACUUUCCAAUUUGCAGACUGAAUUGAUUGGUGACACAUACGCCGUCGAAAUCAAACCCAAGCAAGGCUGGCCACUGCCACCUGAUGUUGUCGUCAACGAUUUAUUUGACCUGAGGAGAAAACCAACACGAGGUGAGCCAGCUGCGACAGCAACAGCAGCGACGUCGGCAUCGGAGCUGAACUACGCAGUGGACAACAGUCACAUCAUGAGGUGUCGCUACUGUGCGAUGCAAUUUUUAAAGCUGCGCGCAGGCAAAAUCAACAGGCGAAGUUCUUAUUGCCCGCUGGCGUUAUUUUCCGGCGAUCCGUUUAAAAUGAUGGCUGCCAUCGAUGCUCUACUACAGUGCCCACAAAAUAAUUUAAGAAUAUUUCGUAACGGUAUUUUGAUAUAUGAUGGUGAAAAUCAUAGCUACGCUGAAUUAGUGCAGAAUAUAUUUCCUGGCAGCCAAAUAGAGCUUUUAAAAGAUUUGCUCGUGGCAUGUCUGCUGCGGGACUAUACGGCGAACAGCAACAACAACAUCAAAAAGCCGAGCAUAAGCAAUAUUAUAAGCGGUGACGACACCGUUGACGUUGUUGAAGUGACCAAAGCUGCUGCUGGUCAGCCACACUUAAGCGCUACGUCCGCACCAAGGGCAAGCGACGGUGGAGAGACAAAAACGAAAGAAAGCUUGACUAUGGAAGACCAACAGCAGCAGAGAAAAAAGAAGAAGCUGCAAAUGAAAGAAAGUGAGGUAAUGACAACACAUCAACCAACAGCGGCACGAGUGACUUAUGAAACCGCGCCACACACAUCAACUGAAGCCCCCACCAAAGAGGCAGCGACUGCGACGUCAACAACAAAGUCUGACACUGUCGCAUUGGAGACAACUUCGCAAGCACAAAUCACCGAAGUGGAAAUGCUGUGCUUACCGAAAAAUUGUGUCCUUCAAACUAUUUUGCAUCUGCAAUUGUUGGCUAAGCACAACAUGUCCGCCUUACACGCUGCCGGUUAUGCGCAUAAGUCGGAAAAAUCAUACAACGGUUUAAAGUCUUUGCUCCAGAGAUCAUACCACUACCAGCAGCAGCAGCAGCAGCAACAGCAGCAGCAACAGCAGCAGCAGCCAAUCGGUAACGAGCUGACGCCCGUGGAGGCAUAUUUGUUGGGCGCCACUGCACUGGAUUGUUCGAUUAUGCUUGCAUUUCAGGAAAUUUCAGUGCGUAAUCAGGAGCCACCACCGCCGUCACCUCAAAGAACCUUGACGACUUCGUCUUCGCUGCUGUCCAAGCACUGUGUCGUAUUGCCGCGCUACGCAAAAAGCUUCCUCACCAAAGUAACUCUGGUCGACUUGGAUCCGAAGCCUGAUAGUCACUUGUGUAAAUACAUUAAACAGACGUGUCAGGCGCUCAACUUAUUUAUGGAAAGCAGCGCCACUUGAUGACCGCUGCACACGCAUAUGCUUGCAUGUAUGUAUGUGUGUGUGUGUGCGCGCGUUGGUGCUUAAAUGGCAAACACCUUAUUUAUGUGGAAAUCUGCUGAAACCGAAAAACGUGCAAGAUUGCAUAAUUUAAAUGCGCGGAAAUGUGAAUAUGCAUUUAUUUGUGCAUUUCUCUCUCUUUCAUUGUAUACGAGCAUAUGUAUGUAUGCAUGUAUU